CUCCAGCUAUUGGUGUCUGUGUCAUUACUAAUAGAGACUUGUAAACACUCGUUAAUCACGUAAGGCCGCCAGCUCGGGGCUCCGCGCGGCAGCCUGUGGCGGGUCUUCCCCGCCUCUGCCGCGGAGUGGGAAGGAGGUGGGAGGAAAGAAGGAAGAAAGAGAGGGAGGGAGGAGGCAGGCCAGAGGGAGGGACCGCCUCGCAGGCAGAAGCGCAGCCAAGGAGCCAGCGGAGCACCGGCGGGCUGGGGUGCAGCCACCCUCCGCUUCUUGAUUCCACCCCCCCAUUACAUUCCUUCGCGUCCCCCCCCACCCCGCCCCGAUCUUCAGCGUGCGUCCCCAGGCAGCAAUGGUGAAGUGUGUUGUCGGUCCCUCGCCACCAUGUACGUGAGCUACCUCCUGGACAAGGACGUGAGCAUGUACCCCAGCUCCGUGCGCCACUCUGGCGGCCUCAACCUGGCACCGCAGAACUUCGUCAGCCCCCCGCAGUACCCGGACUACGGUGGUUACCACGUGGCGGCCGCGGCCGCGGCGGCGGCCAACUUGGACAGCGCGCAGUCCCCAGGGCCAUCCUGGCCGGCUGCGUACGGCGCCCCGCUCCGCGAGGACUGGAACGGCUACGCGCCGGGGGGCGCCGCGGCUGCAGCCAACGCGGUGGCCCACGGCCUCAAUGGGGGCUCCCCGGCCGCAGCCAUGGGCUACAGCAGCCCUGCCGAUUACCAUCCUCACCACCACCCGCACCAUCACCCGCACCAUCCGGCCGCCGCGCCCUCCUGCGCCUCGGGAUUGCUGCAGUCGCUCAAUCCCGGCCCUCCCGGGCCCGCCGCCCCAGCCGCCGCGGAACAACUGUCCCCCAGCGGCCAGCGGCGGAACCUUUGCGAGUGGAUGCGGAAGCCAGCGCAACCGUCCCUCGGGAGCCAAGUGAAAACCAGGACGAAAGACAAAUACCGAGUAGUGUACACAGACCACCAGCGGCUUGAACUGGAGAAGGAGUUUCACUACAGUCGCUACAUUACCAUCCGGAGGAAGGCUGAGCUGGCGGCCACACUGGGACUCUCUGAGAGGCAGGUAAAAAUUUGGUUUCAGAACCGCAGAGCAAAAGAAAGGAAAAUCAAUAAGAAGAAAUUACAGCAGCAGCAGCAGCCCCCACCACCUCCGCCACAGCCUCCCCAGCCGCAGCCCGGGCCCCUGAGAAGCAUCCAGGAGCCACUGAGUCCAGUGUCUUCUCUACAAGGCUCAGUGUCUGGCCCUGUCCCUGGGGUUUUGGGGCCAACUGGGGGUGUGUUAAACCCCACUGUCACCCAGUGACUCCCAGUGAUCUGCUGGGCAGAAGAGCAAUUCCAGGCUGAGCCAUGAAGUGCAUGGACUUUGCUAGAAUCUUCAGAAGAGACC